GACUGGUGGCCAGGGGAAUUUGGAAAGUUGAUGAUUAAGGUUUAUGUGAGAAGCAAUUUUACUGUCAGGUACCUUGGAUAUAACACAUUAAUCCCAGUCUAUCAGUGACCGACAAUCUUCAUCAUCCUUCGACGCCAUGGUGAAGUGGACAGACCAGGAGCGCAGCACGGUCAGAGCUGUUUGGGAACAAGUUAAUAUCGACGAGGUUGGACCGGAAGCUUUGGCAAGAGUUUUGAUCGUGUACCCCUGGACAGAGCGUUAUUUUGUUUCAUUUGGAGAAACCUUCACCGCCUCUGCUGUUUUGAACAACGCCAAAGUGGCAGCGCACGGCAGAGUGGUGCUGAGGGCACUGGAUGAAGCUGUGAAGAACAUGGACAACAUCGAAGAAACAUAUGCUGCUCUGAGCCAGCUGCACUAUGAAACACUCCAUGUGGAUCCUGAUAACUUCAGACUCCUGGCAGACUGCAUCACCAUCACCGUCGCCUGCAAACUCGGGAGCGCCAUGGGCCCUCAGGUCCAGGCCACCUGGCAGAAGUUUCUUUCUGCUGUAGUAGACGCACUGAGGAGUCAGUACCAGUGAAGAGCCCAGCAACACACACAUAACUAAAUGAAACUUGUAUUUAA